UUAUUUAUUCCAUUCAUUUGCUGUUUUGCAUCAUCUCUAUCACAAAACUCUCCCUAACCACACAUUAUAACAGACUUAGCAGCUCCCCACCCAGCUGCCCCUAAUUUGCAUGUAUAAAUAUCUUCACAGAUUAUCAAACAUCUCUCUCUAAACUCCUUUCUUCCUCUCCCUCAAUCCAAAUAUUUCAUCAAGACUUGAAAAUGGCAACACAAUGGUGUUUUGCCUUAGCUCUUUGCACGGCCAUUUUAAUGUUCCCAAGCACAGUUCUUGCCAAGGGCUCAAUACAGAAAAUGAAUGUGAUCGACAAGUGCUGGCAAUGGAACCCGAAUUGGCGGCGCCACCGGCAGCAGCUUGCCACCUGCUCGGUGGGUUUUUCCGGGAAGAUGACCAACAAUGUUGGUCGGGGCUUGACACGGUACAAAGUCACCGAUCCCAGCGACAAUCCACUAAGCCCCAAACCAGGAACUCUGAGAUAUGGGUUGAGCAACAUCAAAGGGAAGGUUUGGAUCACAUUUCAAAGGGACAUGAAAAUUAAGCUUGAAAGACCACUGCUUGUUAGCAGUUUUACUGCCAUUGAUGGGCGUGGUACCAGUGUUCACAUUGCAGGAGGUGCUUGCUUGAUGUUGCAAAGGGUACUGAACCAUUCACUACCUUCAACUUUCAUCUGAUUUACAGAGUUAUAUGUAGUUAAUUGGAAAGCUCACACCCACAACCAA